CAGUCCUUGCUUGGAAGGCUGACAUGGUGUAGAGAGGGAGAGCGCCCGAGUGCGGGGAAAACCGGGGAAAGACUGAGCAGGAUGGUUUUGUGAAGCUGGGGAGAGAGACGGCGAGGCCUGGGGUUGGAUCCGAAGGCAGAAACUUUUGGGACGGUCCAGGGGGUGCUUUCGGUUUAAGGUAUUUGGAGUGAUUGCCCUGAAGGAACAAGAAGAUGAUGAGUGAUGCAAGUGAGAUGUUGGCUGCAGCUUUGGAACAGAUGGAUGGCAUUAUUGCAGGCUCCAAGGCUUUGGAAUAUUCUAAUGGCAUAUUUGACUGUCAAUCCCCAACAUCUCCAUUCAUGGGGAGCCUGCGUGCCCUACAUCUUGUGGAAGAUUUACGUGGGGUAUUGGAAAUGAUGGAAUCCGAUGAAAAAGAAGGGUUACGGUGCCAAGUUCCAGAUUCAACAGCAGAGAUUUUGAUAGAAUGGCUACAAAGUCAAAUGACCAAUGGGCAUAUAUCUGCUAAUGGAGAUGUGUAUCAAGAGCGGCUUGCACGUUUGGAAAAUGACAAGGAAUCUCUUGUUCUGCAAGUGAGUGUUCUCACUGACCAGGUGGAUGCUCAAGGAGAAAAGAUCAGGGAUUUGGAGCUCUGUCUAGAAGAACACAGGGAGAAGCUGAAUGCCACAGAAGAAAUGCUACAGCAGGAGCUAUUAAGCAGGACAUCCCUUGAAACUCAAAAGUUGGACCUUAUGGCAGAAGUUUCCAACUUGAAGCUCAAGCUAACUGCAGUAGAAAAGGACAGGUUGGACUAUGAAGACAGGUUCAGAGACACAGAGGGUUUGAUGCGGGAAAUAAAUGAAUUACGUUUAAAAGUGGGAGAAAUGGACAGUGAGAGAGUUCAGUAUGAAAAAAAGCUUAAAUCAACCAAAUCUUUAAUGGCCAAACUUUCUAGCAUGAAAAUCAAAGUGGGCCAGAUGCAGUAUGAAAAACAGCGGAUGGAACAAAAAUGCCAAAUGUUAAAGGAAGAACUAGCAUCUUUAAAAGAUAAAUUAGAACAGAAGGAAGCAGAGAUAAAACGGUUGCAAGAGAAACUGGUUCACCAGGUGAAUGGAGAAGGGGUUGACAUAAACGACAGAGAUGAAAAUUGUAAAAAGAAGCUCAAAGACAAAAAUAUUGAAGUGCAGAAAAUGAAGAAAGCUGUGGAAUCUCUGAUGGCAGCAAAUGAAGAAAAGGAUCAGAAGAUUGAAGAGCUGAGGCAGUCUCUCAAUCGAUAUAAGAAAGUGCAGGAUAUGGUGAUAUUGGCUCAGGUCAAAAAAGGCAAGGAUGAUGAAUGUGAGGAAUCUGGAAAUUCAGGAUCUGUUUCUGUGGCCUUGUCAGAUGCACAGGAUCUAAGUGAACCCGAGAAAAGUCCAUCUUCUUCACCAGCCACGAGUUCUCCAAACCAUGAAGAAUUUAGAACAAAAACUCCUGAAGAGAAUUCAUUACAGAUCCAUACUAGUGUUUUGCAAGUUUCCAUCCCCUCUUUUUCACCAUCGUUCAGGCAUUCAGAAGAUUCCUCUGCACAGUCUAAGGUGGAAACUGUAAAUGAAGUCAGUGAAAAGAAGAAACCUGUGGCUUCCAUAGAAACACAACUAGGUGACACAAAAUUAACUUCAGCCCUGCAGAAAUCCAGCAGCCUGGGAAACUUGAAGAAAGAGUCUUCUGAUGGCAAAGACUCUGGACAAAAGCAAGAGGAGAGCAAACUAUCCCAGGAUUCUAGUAAAUAUGGAACCCUUCCUCCUAAAUCUCCUGGUGAAGAAGAUGCCUUUGGAACGCGUAAAGCCAGAUCAUCAUUUGGACGAGGCUUUUUCAAGAUCAAAAGUAACAAAAGAACAGCAAGUGCACCUAAUUUAGAUCGCAGUCGAAGUGCAAGUGCACCCACCUUAGCUGAGACAGAAAAAGGAUCUGCAGACCAUCUAGAUCUGGCUGGCUUACCUCCUCGACCCAAAGGUACAAAAGGUGGGCCUCUGACUCCACCUUCCCCUGACUCCAGGAAGAAAACAAGAGGAAUCAAGAAGCUGUUUGGAAGACUCCGAAGAAGCCAGUCUACUACAUUUAAUCCAGAUGAUAUUACAGAGACUGAGUUCAAGAGGGGAGGAACAAGAGCAACUGCAGGACCAAGACUGGGCUGGUCAAGAGAUCUUGGACAAACCAAUAAUGAUUUGGACAUGCCAUUUGCUAAAUGGACAAAGGAACAAGUUUGCAGUUGGCUUCAGGAGCAAGGCUUGGGUUCUUACAUAGGUAAUGGAAAACACUGGAUACUCUGUGGUCAGACUCUCUUGCAAGCUUCUCAGUCUGAUUUGGAAAAGGAGCUUGGAAUAAAGCAUCCACUGCAUCGGAAAAAGCUCCAGCUUGCUCUUCAGGCAUUAGGAUCAGAAGAAGAGAACAAUCAUGGGAAGCUGGAUUACAACUGGGUUACAAGAUGGCUGGAUGAUAUUGGAUUGCCCCAGUAUAAGACACAAUUUGAUGAAGGAAAGGUGGAUGGACGAAUGCUUCAUUAUAUGACCAUUGAUGACUUGCUGUCUUUGAAAGUUGUGAGUGUCCUUCACCAUCUUAGCAUCAAACGUGCCAUCCAAGUGCUAAGAAUAAAUAACUUUGAACCCAACUGUCUGCGCAGGAGACCAUCAGAUGAGAAUAACAUCACCCCAUCAGAAGUUUCACAGUGGACUAAUCAUCGGGUGAUGGAAUGGCUGCGUUCUGUUGACCUUGCAGAAUAUGCUCCAAAUUUGAGGGGAAGUGGGGUUCAUGGUGGGCUAAUGGUUUUGGAACCUCGUUUCAAUGUAGAGACCAUGGCACAGCUGCUUAAUAUCCCACCAAAUAAGACACUGCUCAGGCGGCACUUGGCAACCCAUUUUAAUUUGCUGAUAGGUCAAGAGGCUCAGCAGCAAAAGUGUGAAGCCAUGGAAUCUCCGGAUUAUGUCCUCUUAACAGCUACUGCCAAAGUAAAGCCAAAGAAACUUGCUUUUAGUAAUUUCGGAAAUUUAAGAAAGAAGAAGCAAGACGAUGGAGAAGAGUAUGUGUGCCCAAUGGACUUGGGACAGGCAUCAGGAAUUGGGUCAAAGAAAGGGUUUAAGCAAGGCUUAGAUAUCAGAGUGUAUGAUGAUGAUGAUCUGGACAGACUGGAGGAGAUGGAAGAUUCAGAAGGUACCGUGAGGCAAAUAGGUGCAUUUUCUGAAGGCAUCAACAACUUGACACAUAUGCUAAAAGAAGAUGACAUGUUCAGGGACUUUGCAGCAUGUUCUCCUAGCACAAGUAUAACAGAUGAAGAUUCAAAUGUGUGACAGCAUCAGCGCAGGAGC